AUGUUCAUCAUCAAGCUCACCUUCCUCUUCCUUCUCUGUCAAAUCCUGAAAUCUUCAUCUCAAAUUCUCAACUUCACCUACAAUGGCUUCCAUCCUCCGACAGACAUCUCACUCCAAGGCAUCGCCACAGUCACACCAAACGGUCUAUUGAAGCUAACCAACACAUCGGUUCAGAGAACCGGUCACGCCUUCUACACCGAACGGAUCCGGUUCAAAGACUCUCCAAACGGCAGCGUUUCGUCCUUCUCCACAAGCUUCGUCUUCGCGAUACAUUCUCAGAUACCAACGCUUAGCGGCCAUGGAAUCGCCUUCGUCGUCGCUCCAACUCUCGGCCUUCCCUUUGCACUCCCCAGCCAAUACAUCGGUCUCUUCAACAUCUCCAACAACGGCAACGAUACGAAUCACGUCUUCGCCGUCGAAUUCGACACGAUCCAGAGCAGCGAGUUCGGAGAUCCGAACGAUAACCACGUCGGAAUCGACAUCGACGGUUUGCGAUCGGUGAAUUUAUCGACGGCCGGAUAUUGGGAUGAGAAAGACGAGUUUCGGAAUCUGAGCUUGAUUAGUCGCAAACGGAUGCAGGUUUGGGUCGAUUACGAUAGUCGUAGCCAGCGAAUCGACGUCACGAUGGCUCCGUUCGAUUCCGAUAAACCUAGAAAACCGCUUGUUUCCUACGUCAGAGAUCUCUCUCCGGUUCUCCUGCAAGAUAUGUAUGUAGGAUUCUCGUCGGCGACUGGUUCCGUUCUCUCGGAGCAUUUCGUAGCCGGGUGGAGUUUCCGGGUCAACGGCGAAGCUCCGGUGCUUACGCUAUCCAAACUCCCGAAGCUUCCACGAUUCGAGCCCAAACGAAUCUCCGAUUUCUACAAAAUCGGUAUGCCUUUGAUUUCCCUCUUUCUGAUCUUCUCCAUCAUCUUCCUCGCUCUCUACAUCGCGAGGAGGAAGAAGAAGUUCGAGGAAGAGCUCGACGACUGGGAAACAGAGUUCGGGAAAAACCGGUUCAGAUUCAAGGAGCUCUACCGCGCGACGAAAGGGUUCAAGGAGAAGGAUCUUCUCGGAUCCGGCGGAUUCGGGAGGGUCUACAGAGGAAUCCUCCCGACGACGAGGAUUGAAGUCGCCGUGAAGAGAGUCUCACACGAUUCGAAACAAGGUAUGAAAGAGUUCGUGGCGGAGAUCGUGAGUAUCGGCCGGAUGAGUCACCGGAAUCUAGUGCCUCUCUUGGGUUAUUGUCGCCGGAGAGGAGAGCUUCUUCUCGUAUACGAUUACAUGCCUAACGGAAGCUUAGACAAGUAUCUAUACAACAAUCCAGAGACGACCUUGGAUUGGAAACAGAGAUCUAAGAUCAUCAAAGGAGUUGCUUCCGGAUUGUUCUAUCUCCACGAAGAAUGGGAGCAAGUUGUGAUUCACCGUGACGUUAAAGCGAGCAAUGUUCUGCUAGACGCCGAUUUCAAUGGUAGACUCGGGGAUUUCGGUUUGGCCCGGUUGUAUGAUCACGGGUCGGAUCCUCAGACGACACACGUCGUUGGAACGUUGGGCUACUUAGCACCUGAACAUUCCAGAACCGGACGAGCCACGACGGCGACGGACGUCUACGCGUUUGGUGCGUUUCUUCUAGAGGUUGUUUCCGGUAGACGACCCAUCGAGCUCCACAGCGAGAGCGACGACACGUUCUUGCUUGUGGAGUGGGUUUUCGGUUUGUGGCUAAGAGGCAACAUAAUGGAAGCGAAAGAUCCGAAUCUUGGGUCCGAUGGUUACGAUCUUGAAGAGGUCGAAAUGGUUUUGAAACUCGGUUUGCUGUGUUCGCAUUCGGAUCCUCGUGCUAGACCGAGUAUGAGGCAGGUGUUGCAGUAUCUGAGAGGAGACAUGUCGUUGCCGGAGUUAACGCCGUUGGAUUUGUCGGCUGGGAGCUUGAUGAAUUUGGGCGGCCGGGAUGGUUUUAGCGGUAUUGCAAUGCCGUACUCUUCCUCGGUGUUUAAUGGUUUUACCGGCGGAUCUUCCAUAGCUGAGUCUCUACUCUCUGGUGGGAGGUGA